UUCAGUUAAUUAAAUGCUCGCGCUCCAGGCUCCGGCUUUUGUCUCCCGCGCAUCAUGGAGCGUCUGUUAAUUUUUAUUAUUUUUAAUUUAUUGGCAAACGCCGCGACAGACACGAUCAAUUGUAAAACUGUUAGCGGAAAACGGGACAGGACCGUGACGUUCGCGUGCACCGAACUGACGAAUUUGAAUCCGUUGCAGAAAACGAAGAGCAACCUUACGACCAUUAAAAUUUCUGACUCGAACAUACCGAAUAUAGAAAGACAUGCGUUCGCGAAAUUCGGCGCGACCCUCGUCAAUUUGGAUUUGCACGAAUCUGGUAUAGAAACCAUAGAAUCGUUGGCAUUCGUGGGCCUCGUAAAGCUCAAGAAGCUCGUACUAUGGGGCAACAAAUUGAAAAUAGUGCCGAGGGACUGGUUCAUGUAUACACCGAACUUGAGAACCCUCGACUUGUCGUUCAAUUUUAUCGAAGUAAUCGACUACGGUGUCUUUCAGUUGCUUCCCAAUUUGGAAAACCUCUACUUCGAUUACAACCAAAUAAAAUUUAUCGAUUACAGUAUGUUCGCAUAUCUCAACAACCUUAAAAAUGUGAAGUUCGAGAAGAAUCCGUUGAACUGGGGAUACCGUGCUCAUUUGACGUAUCAAUUGGAAAAUCAGCGCGUCAAGUACACCGAGCAAUGGGAGGACUGGGGUUGGAUGAACGUUAUUAUCAAAGAGUGCACGCAAAACGGAUACGGGGAAAUACCGAAAGAUACAGUCCUCGAUUGUUUGGUGGCGAAAUUGCUCGAUUAUACGCACGAAAUAUUUUCCACGGAAAUGGGCCAAACAAUUAGUGGGUGUACGACCGAAACAAGACUACUUGUCCGUUGCAUGAGACCCAAUAAUCGUACCGAUAAUACCGAUAACGAAACUGUACGAAAAAUACUCGAGGAUUACGCCGCUGUUUUGCUACCAAUGUCCAGAUCGCGAGGUCGAUUUUCGAGUAUUUAUUAACAAUUUAAAUAAUAUUCAUGUUCAACAUUGAAAUAAACUGAAGUUAGGUGCUAAUUGCAGAAUUUAACCCCAAUAAAAUUCCAAAUCAGAAUUUAAACGAAUUUGAAUAAAAUUGAUCACUGUUUACAGCGUUCUUACACUUUAUAACGCAAUUAGUUUAUUAAUUUACUUGCAGUUAUAUUGGUAUUGAGUUAACAAUUUCAAGCUUUUCCAAGGAAAUAAUGUUUCUCAUAUAGAAUGGUAAAACAUUUAUUUUAAACUAUGAAACAGUUUUAAACGGAGUUUAAUGUGAUUUAUUAUAAAGAAUAAAUGCAGAUGUCAGCCGGUUGUGACUAUAUGCAGAUUGGAUGGUCCAAAUUUGGAAAUACGGAUAUCCUAUUCAGAAACAAUUGGAUAUUUAAAGCAACGGCUUGCUAAAGUUUUGUAUGAA